GCCCCCUAUGUACGCCUCCCUCGGCUCGGGUCCGGUCGCCGCGUUGUCUGCUUCGGUACCACCCUGUUCUCUCGGGUCCUGGAGCCCCGGCGGCGGCAGGGGCUGUGUCCGGCAGGAGAGGAAGUGCCGGGGCUGCGUCCGUUCUUCUGUCCGCGGGGCGAACGUCUGGCAGGUCCAAGGGUAGCCAAGGAUGGCUGCAGCUUCAUAUGAUCAGUUGUUAAAGCAAGUUGAGGCACUGAAGAUGGAGAACUCAAAUCUUCGACAAGAGCUAGAAGAUAAUUCCAAUCAUCUUACAAAACUGGAAACUGAGGCAUCUAAUAUGAAGGAAGUACUUAAACAACUACAAGGAAGUAUUGAAGAUGAAGCUAUGGCUUCGUCUGGACAGAUUGAUUUAUUAGAGCGUCUCAAAGAACUUAACUUAGAUAGCAGUAAUUUUCCUGGAGUGAAACUACGGUCAAAAAUGUCCCUCCGUUCUUACGGAAGCCGAGAAGGAUCUGUAUCUAGUCGUUCAGGAGAGUGCAGUCCUGUUCCUAUGGGUUCAUUUCCGAGAAGAGGGUUUGUAAAUGGAAGCAGAGAAAAUACCGGUUAUUUAGAAGAACUUGAAAAAGAGAGAUCAUUGCUUCUUGCUGACCUUGACAAAGAAGAAAAGGAAAAAGACUGGUAUUAUGCUCAACUUCAGAAUCUCACUAAAAGAAUAGAUAGUCUUCCUUUAACUGAAAAUUUUUCCUUACAGACAGAUAUGACCAGAAGGCAGUUGGAAUAUGAAGCAAGGCAAAUCAGAGUUGCAAUGGAAGAACAACUGGGUACUUGCCAGGAUAUGGAAAAACGAGCACAGCGAAGAAUAACCAGAAUUCAACAAAUAGAGAAGGACAUACUUCGUAUACGACAGCUUUUACAGUCCCAAGCAACAGAAGCAGAGGGUUCAACUGCACGAAUAGAUCACGAAACAGCCAGUGUUUUGAGUUCUAGCAGCACACAUUCUGCUCCUCGAAGGCUGACAAGUCAUCUGGGAACCAAGGUGGAAAUGGUGUAUUCAUUGUUGUCAAUGCUUGGUACUCAUGAUAAGGAUGAUAUGUCGCGAACUUUGCUAGCUAUGUCUAGCUCCCAAGACAGCUGUAUAUCCAUGCGACAGUCUGGAUGUCUUCCUCUCCUCAUCCAGCUUUUACAUGGCAAUGACAAAGACUCUGUGUUGUUGGGAAAUUCCCGGGGCAGUAAAGAGGCUCGGGCCAGGGCCAGUGCAGCACUCCACAACAUCAUUCACUCACAGCCUGAUGACAAGAGAGGCAGGCGUGAAAUCCGAGUCCUUCAUCUUUUGGAACAGAUACGAGCUUACUGUGAAACCUGUUGGGAGUGGCAGGAAGCCCAUGAACAAGGCAUGGACCAGGACAAAAAUCCAAUGCCAGCUCCUGUUGAACAUCAAAUCUGUCCUGCUGUGUGUGUUCUAAUGAAACUUUCGUUUGAUGAGGAGCAUAGACACGCGAUGAAUGAACUUGGUAGGAAGGCUACCCGGGGCAUUUCAUCACAGGAGCUAGGGCAGGGGCUUUCAGGGGGACUACAGGCCAUUGCAGAAUUAUUGCAAGUGGACUGUGAAAUGUAUGGACUUACUAAUGACCACUACAGUAUUACCUUAAGACGAUAUGCAGGAAUGGCUUUGACAAACUUGACUUUCGGAGAUGUAGCCAACAAGGCUACACUAUGCUCUAUGAAAGGCUGCAUGAGAGCACUUGUGGCCCAACUAAAAUCUGAAAGUGAGGACUUACAGCAGGUUAUUGCAAGUGUUUUGAGGAAUCUGUCUUGGAGAGCAGAUGUAAAUAGUAAAAAGACUUUGCGUGAAGUUGGAAGUGUGAAAGCAUUGAUGGAAUGUGCUUUGGAAGUGAAAAAGGAAUCAACCCUCAAAAGCGUAUUGAGUGCCUUAUGGAAUUUGUCAGCACACUGCACUGAGAAUAAAGCUGAUAUAUGUGCCGUAGAUGGUGCGCUUGCAUUUUUGGUUGGCACUCUCACUUACCGGAGCCAGACAAAUACUUUAGCUAUUAUUGAAAGUGGAGGUGGGAUAUUACGGAAUGUGUCCAGCUUGAUAGCUACGAAUGAGGACCACAGGCAAAUCCUAAGAGAGAAUAAUUGCUUACAAACCUUAUUACAACACUUGAAAUCUCACAGUUUGACAAUAGUCAGUAAUGCAUGCGGAACCUUGUGGAAUCUCUCAGCAAGAAAUCCUAAAGAUCAGGAAGCAUUAUGGGACAUGGGAGCAGUCAGCAUGCUCAAGAACCUCAUUCAUUCAAAGCACAAGAUGAUUGCUAUGGGAAGUGCUGCAGCUUUAAGGAAUCUCAUGGCAAAUAGACCUGCAAAGUAUAAGGAUGCCAAUAUCAUGUCUCCUGGUUCAAGCUUGCCUUCUCUUCAUGUCAGGAAACAAAAAGCCCUAGAAGCAGAAUUAGAUGCUCAGCAUUUAUCAGAAACUUUUGACAAUAUUGACAAUUUAAGUCCCAAGGCAUCUCAUCGUAGUAAGCAGAGACACAAGCAAAAUCUCUAUGGUGACUAUGUUUUUGACACCAAUCGACAUGAUGAUAAUAGGUCAGACAAUUUUAAUACUGGAAACAUGACUGUCUUGUCACCAUAUUUAAAUACUACAGUGUUGCCCAGCUCCUCUUCAUCAAGGGGAAGUUUAGAUAGUUCUCGUUCUGAGAAAGAUAGAAGUUUGGAGAGAGAACGAGGUAUUAGCCUAGUCAACUACCACCCAGCAACAGAAAAUCCAGGAACCUCUUCGAAGCGAGGUUUGCAGAUUUCUACCACUGCAGCCCAGAUUGCCAAAGUCAUGGAAGAAGUAUCAGCCAUUCAUACCUCCCAGGAAGACAGAAGUUCUGGGUCUACCCCGGAACUACAUUGUGGAACAGAUGAGAGGAAUGCACUAAGAAGAAGCUCUACCACCCACACACAUGCAAACUCUUACAACUUCACCAAGUCAGAAAACUCAAACAGGACAUGUCCAGUGCCAUAUGCCAAAGUAGAAUACAAGAGAUCUUCAAAUGAUAGUUUAAAUAGUGUCAGCAGUAGUGAUGGUUAUGGUAAAAGAGGUCAAAUGAAACCAGUUGAAUCCUAUUCUGAAGAUGAGGAAAGUAAAUUUUGCAGCUAUGGUCAGUAUCCAGCUGACCUAGCCCAUAAAAUACAUAGUGCAAAUCAUAUGGAUGAUAAUGAUGGAGAACUAGAUACACCAAUAAAUUAUAGUCUUAAAUAUUCUGAUGAACAGUUGAACUCCGGAAGGCAAAGUCCUUCACAGAAUGAAAGGUGGGCAAGACCCAAACAUAUAAUAGAAGAUGAAAUAAAACAAAAUGAGGAAAGACAAUCAAGGAGUCAAAGCACAACUUAUCCUGUAUAUCCUGAGAGCACUGAUGAUAAACACCUCAAGUUCCAACCACAUUUUGGACAGCAAGAAUGUGUUUCCCCAUAUAGGUCAAGAGCAGCCAAUGGUUCAGAAACAAAUCGAGUAGGUUCUAAUCAUGGAAUUAAUCAAAAUGUAAAUCAGUCUUUGUGUCAGGAAGAUGACUAUGAAGAUGAUAAGCCAACCAACUAUAGUGAACGUUACUCUGAGGAAGAGCAACAUGAGGAAGAAGAGAGACCAACCAAUUAUAGCAUAAAAUAUAAUGAAGAAAAACAUCAUGUGGAUCAGCCUAUUGAUUAUAGUUUAAAAUAUACCACAGACAUUCCUUCUUCACAGAAACCAGCAUUUUCAUUCUCAAAGAAUUCAUCUGGACAGAGCACUAAAACUGAACACAUCUCUUCAAGCAGUGAGAAUACAGCCACACCUUCAUCUAAUGCCAAGAGGCAGAAUCAACUCCAUCACAGUUCAGCACAGAGCAGGAGUGGUCAGACCCAAAAAGCCACCUCUUCCUCUUGCAAAGUUCCCUCUAUCAACCAAGAAACAAUACAGACUUACUGUGUAGAAGAUACCCCAAUAUGUUUUUCAAGAUGUAGUUCAUUAUCAUCUUUGUCAUCAGCUGAAGAUGAAAUAGGGUGUGAUCAGACAACACAAGAAGCAGAUUCUGCUAAUACCCUACAAAUAGCAGAAAUAAAAGAAAGCAGUGGAACUAGAUCAACUGAAGAUUCUGUGAGUGAAGUUCCAACAGUGUCACAGCACAUUAGAACCAAAUCCAGCAGACUCCAGGCUUCUGGUUUAUCUUCAGAAUCAACCAGGCACAAAGCUGUUGAAUUUUCUUCAGGGGCCAAAUCUCCAUCAAAGAGUGGUGCUCAGACACCUAAAAGUCCACCAGAGCACUACGUUCAGGAGACUCCACUCAUGUUUAGCAGGUGUACUUCUGUCAGUUCACUUGAUAGUUUUGAGAGUCGUUCAAUUGCCAGCUCCGUUCAGAGUGAACCCUGCAGUGGAAUGGUGAGUGGCAUUAUAAGCCCCAGUGACCUUCCAGAUAGCCCUGGACAAACCAUGCCGCCAAGCAGAAGUAAAACCCCUCCUCCCCCUCCUCCUCAGUCAGCUCAGACUAAGCAAGAAGUACCUAAAAAUAAAGCACCUAGUGCUGAGAAGAGAGAAAGUGGCCCUAAGCAAGCUGCUGUAAAUGCUGCAGUACAGAGGGUCCAGGUUCUUCCAGAUGCUGAUGCUUUGUUACAUUUUGCCACAGAAAGUACUCCUGAUGGAUUUUCUUGUUCAUCUAGCCUGAGUGCUCUGAGCCUCGAUGAGCCAUUUAUUCAGAAAGAUGUGGAAUUAAGAAUAAUGCCUCCGGUUCAGGAAAAUGACAAUGGGAAUGAAACAGAAAAUGAGCAGCCUGAAGAAUCAAAUGAAAGCCAGGGAAAAGAGGCGGAAAAACCCACCGAUUCUGAAAAAGAUCUGUUAGAUGAUUCAGAUGAUGAUGAUAUUGAAAUACUAGAAGAGUGUAUUAUUUCUGCCAUGCCAACAAGAUCUUCACGCAAAGCCAAAAAGCCAGCCCAGACGUCUUCCAAAUUACCUCCACCUGUGGCAAGGAAACCAAGUCAGCUGCCUGUGUACAAACUUCUGCCAUCACAAAACAGAUUACAAGCACAAAAGCAUGUUAGUUUUACACCAGGAGAUGAUAUGCCUCGGGUGUAUUGUGUAGAAGGGACACCUAUAAACUUUUCCACAGCUACAUCUCUAAGUGAUCUAACGAUAGAAUCCCCUCCAAAUGAGUUAGCUGCUGGAGAAGGUGUUAGAGCAGGAACACAGUCAGGUGAAUUUGAAAAACGAGACACCAUUCCUACAGAAGGCAGAAGUACAGAUGAGGCUCAAACAGGGAAAGCCUCAUCUGUAACUGUACCUGAACUGGAUGACAAUAAAACAGAAGAAGGCGAUAUUCUUGCAGAAUGCAUUAAUUCUGCUAUGCCCAAAGGAAAAAGUCACAAGCCUUUCCGUGUGAAAAAGAUAAUGGACCAGGUCCAACAAGCAUCUAUGUCUUCAUCUGGAACUAACAAAAAUCAAUUAGAUGGUAAGAAGAAGAAACCUACUUCACCAGUAAAACCUAUACCACAAAAUACUGAAUACAGGACAUGUGUAAGGAAAAAUACAGACUCAAAAAAUAAUUUAAAUGCUGAAAGAAAUUUCUCAGACAACAAAGAUUCAAAGAAACAGAACUUGAAAAAUAAUUCCAAGGACUUCAAUGAUAAGGUCCCAAAUAAUGAAGAUCGAGUCAGAGGAAGUUUUACUUUUGAUUCACCUCAUCAUUACACACCUAUUGAAGGCACUCCAUACUGUUUUUCACGAAAUGAUUCUUUGAGUUCUCUAGAUUUUGAUGAUGAUGAUGUGGACCUUUCCAGGGAAAAGGCUGAAUUAAGAAAGGGGAAGGAAAGUAAGGAAUCAGAAGCUAAAGUUACCAGCCACACAGAACUAACCUCAAACCAACAAUCAGCUAAUAAGACACAAGCUGUUCCAAAACAUCCAAUAAAUCGAGGUCAGCCUAAACCCGUGCUGCAGAAGCAAUCCACUUUUCCCCAGCCCUCCAAAGAUAUACCAGACAGAGGGGCAGCAACAGACGAGAAAUUACAGAAUUUUGCUAUUGAAAACACUCCGGUUUGCUUUUCCCGAAAUUCCUCUCUAAGUUCUCUUAGUGACAUUGAUCAAGAAAACAACAACAACAAGGAAAAUGAACCUAUCAAAGAGACAGAGCCCCCUGACUCACAGGGAGAACCAAGUAAACCUCAGGCGUCAGGUUAUGCUCCUAAAUCAUUUCACGUUGAAGAUACCCCUGUUUGUUUCUCAAGAAACAGUUCUCUCAGUUCUCUCAGUAUUGAUUCUGAAGAUGACCUGUUGCAGGAAUGUAUAAGUUCUGCAAUGCCAAAAAAGAAAAAGCCUUCAAGACUCAAGGCUGAUAAUGAAAAGCAUAGUCCCAGAAAUAUGGGUGGCACAUUAGCAGAAGAUUUGACACUCAAUUUGAAAGAUAUACAGAGACCAGAUUCAGAACAUGGUUUAUCCCCUGAUUCAGAAAAUUUCGAUUGGAAAGCUAUUCAGGAAGGUGCAAAUUCCAUAGUAAGUAGUUUACAUCAAGCUGCUGCUGCCGCAUGUUUAUCUAGACAAGCUUCGUCUGAUUCAGAUUCCAUCCUUUCCCUGAAAUCAGGAAUCUCUCUGGGAUCACCAUUUCAUCUUACACCUGAUCAAGAGGAAAAACCCUUUGCAAGUAAUAAAGGCCCACGAAUUCUAAAACCUGGGGAGAAAAGUACAUUGGAAGCUAAGAAGUUAGAAUCUGAAAAUAAAGGAAUAAAAGGAGGGAAAAAAGUUUAUAAAAGUUUGAUUACUGGAAAAAUUCGAUCUAAUUCGGAAGUUUCAAGCCAAAUGAAACAACCCCUUCAAACAAACAUGCCUUCAAUCUCUCGAGGUAGGACAAUGAUUCAUAUUCCAGGAGUUCGGAAUAGCUCUUCAAGUACAAGUCCGGUUUCUAAAAAAGGCCCACCCCUUAAGACUCCAGCCUCCAAAAGCCCUAGUGAAGGUCAGGCAGCUACCACUUCCCCCAGAGGAGCCAAGCCAUCAGUGAAGUCAGAAUUAAGCCCUGUUACGAGGCAGGCGUCCCAGACACCUGGGUCAAAUAAAGGGCCUUCUAGAUCAGGAUCUAGAGAUUCCACUCCUUCAAGACCUGCCCAGCAGCCAUUAAGUAGACCUAUGCAGUCUCCAGGGCGAAACUCAAUUUCUCCUGGUAGAAAUGGAAUAAGUCCUCCCAACAAAUUAUCUCAACUGCCAAGGACGUCAUCCCCUAGUACUGCUUCAACUAAGUCCUCGGGUUCUGGGAAAAUGUCUUACACAUCUCCUGGCAGACAGAUGAGCCAACAGAACCUCACCAAACAAACGGGUUUAUCCAAGAAUGUCAGUAGUAUCCCAAGAAGUGAAUCUGCCUCCAAAGGACUAAGUCAAAUGAGUACUAGCAAUGGAUCCAAUAAAAAGGUAGAACUUUCUAGAAUGUCUUCAACUAAAUCAAGUGGAAGUGAAUCUGAUAGGUCAGAGAGACCUGUAUUAGUACGCCAGUCAACUUUCAUCAAAGAAGCUCCAAGCCCAACCCUAAGGAGAAAAUUGGAGGAAUCCGCUUCAUUUGAAUCUCUUUCUCCAUCUUCUAGACCAGAUUCUCCCAGUAGGUCCCAGGCACAGACUCCAAUUUUAAGUCCUUCCCUUCCUGAUAUGUCGCUGUCUACACAUUCAUCUGUUCAGGCUGGUGGAUGGCGAAAACUCCCACCUAAUCUCAGUCCCACCAUAGAGUAUAAUGAUGGAAGACCAGUAAAGCGCCAUGAUAUAGCACGCUCUCAUUCUGAAAGUCCUUCCAGACUUCCCAUCAAUAGGUCAGGAACCUGGAAACGUGAGCACAGCAAACACUCAUCAUCCCUUCCUCGAGUAAGCACUUGGAGGAGAACUGGAAGUUCAUCCUCAAUUCUUUCUGCUUCAUCAGAAUCUAGUGAAAAAGCAAAAAGUGAGGAUGAAAAACAUGUGAACUCUACUUCAGGAACCAAACAAACUAAAGAAAACCAAGUAUCCACAAAAGGAACAUGGAGAAAAAUGAAAGAAAGUGAAAUUUCUCCCACCAAUAGUACUUCUCAGACCACUUCCUCAGGUGCUGCAAAUGGUGCUGAAUCAAAGACUCUGAUUUAUCAAAUGGCACCUGCUGUUUCUAAAACAGAGGAUGUUUGGGUGAGAAUUGAGGACUGCCCCAUUAACAACCCUAGAUCUGGAAGAUCUCCAACAGGAAAUACUCCCCCAGUGAUUGACACUGUUUCAGAAAAGGGAAACCCAAACACUAAAGAUUCAAAAGAUAAUCAGGGGAAACAAAAUGUGAGCAAUGGUAGUGCUCCUGUACGCACCAUGGGUUUGGAAAACCGCCUGAACUCCUUUAUUCAGGUAGACGCCCCAGACCAAAAAGGAACUGAGGGAAAACCGGGACAAAGUCAUCCUGUCGCUGCAUCAGAGACUAAUGAAAGUUCUAUAGCUGAACGUACCCCAUUUAGUUCUAGCAGCUCAAGCAAGCACAGUUCACCGAGUGGGACUGUUGCUGCCAGAGUGAGUCCUUUUAAUUACAACCCAAGCCCAAGGAAAAGCAGCGCAGAUAGCACUUCAGCCCGACCAUCUCAGAUCCCAACGCCAGUGAAUAACAACACAAAGAAACGAGAUUCAAAAAGUGACAAUACAGAAUCCAGUGGAACUCAAAGUCCUAAACGCCAUUCUGGGUCUUACCUUGUGACAUCUGUUUAAAAAGAGCUGGAAUGAUGAAACUAAGAAUGUGUUAGUGUUAAUUACAACUGCUAUGUAGAAAUUUUGUUUCAACCAAUAUGUAUAAAAUAGAUAACUAAUAAGAACCUGCUGUAUAAAAAAUAAAAUUCAAAAAAAAUUUUUGUUUCAAAUGAAACUAAAAGACUGAAAAAUUUUGUAAAUAGGUUUGAUUCUUGUUAGAGGGUUUUUGUUCUGGAAGCCAUAUUCGAUAGUAUACUUCAUCUUCACUGGUCAUAUUUUGGGAGGCACUCUUGAUAGUUAGGAAGAAAAUGGUAAAGCCAAGUAUGUUUGUACAGUAUGUUUUUCAUGUAUUUAAGUAGCAUCCCAUGCCAUCAUCCUUUAAUUAUUGCUUGUCUUAAAAUAACACUACAGAUAGAAGAUAUGAUAUAUUGCUGUUAUCAAUCAUUUCUAGAUUAUAAACUGACUAAACUUACAUCAGGGAGAAAUUGGUAUUUAUGCAAAAACCAUUCUGUUUUAGUCCUUGUGAGCCCAUCUGACAUCAUAAUCAUGUGGCUGUGAAAUUCACAGUAAUAUGGUUCCCGAUGAACAAGUUUACCCAGCCUGCUUUGCUUUACUGCAUGAAUGAAACUGAUGGUUCAAUUUCAGAAGUAAUGAUUAACAAUUCUGUGGUCACAUGAUGUUCAUAUAGAUAGCUAUAGUGUAACAACUUACACUCUUUUGUGCUCAAAACAAACAAACAAAAAAUCUGUGUAACUGUAAAACAUUGAAUGAAACUAUUUUACCUGAACUAGAUUUUAUCUGAAAGUAGGUAGAAUUUUUGCUAUGCUGUAACUUGUUGUAUAUUCUGGUAUUUGAGGUGAGAUGGCUGCUCUUUUAUUAAUGAGACAUGAGUCGUGUCUCAACAGAAACUAAAUGAACAUUUAAGAAUAAAUUAUUGCUGUAUGUAUAAACUGUUACUGAAAUCGGUAUUUGUUUGAAGGGUCUUAUUUCACAUUUGUAUUAAUAAUUGUCAAAAGGGCCUCUUUUAAAAGCUUAUAUAAUUUUUUUCUUCAAAUUCUAUGCAUUAAGAGUAAAAUUCCUCUUACUGUAAUAAAAACAAUUGAAGCUGACUGUUGGCAUUUAACCAUUCCAUGCAUUGGCACUUAACCUUUCCUGAAAAAAAAAAACUGUGUGAUUAGCACCAAGUAUAAUCAGCACUUUGCCAUGCUCAGAAAAUGCAAAUCAUGUUGAACUUCAAAGGUAGAUUUGACACUGUUAAGAUAUUCAAAAGGCUAUUUAGAAAGCCCUGUCUGUUAAGGGAGACUUUGUUUUUGAUAGGUAGGUUUGUGGAGUAUGCGUUCCAGCUCCCGCUUCCUCACACAGCAGGGAGAGAAUCCUUCAGGAAGGAAGAUAAACUGAUAGAAGUAUUUAAAAAGCUAACAGUAUAUCUUCCCAGAAUUUGUUCUAAAUGAUCAGAGGGUAAGGAUGAUGAUAAAUGCUCACGUAUUUGUUGAAUAAAUGAAAAUUUAUUUUUAAUAAUAAAAUACAUGCACUCUGUGUUGGGGGGAAGGGAAAAGGUAUUUGGAUAUAGCAGGAUGCUGGGAAAGGGGGUGAGGAGUAAGCACAUCUUCCUGGUGUCUUUGAAAUCACAUCAUGUAGUUAAUUAUCUACCCUCACCUGUGUUUAUCAUUUACAGGUCAUGACUUUUUUGAAGUCAUUUACUAACAUGCCAGUAAAUAAGUGCUGUGAUUUGAAAUAAGGCAUUUGACUCCAAAGCCCAUACUCUUUCUAUUGCACCACUUUGCAAACACCUCAAUUUACUGACCUUUGGAGUAUAUCUACAUUUAAAUUUUUGUCAGAUUUUAUCUGAAUGAAAUGGUUUGUAAGUAGUAAUACUAAAUUAUUCUGUUUUUCUCAAAGGCUGCCUUAUCCAACAGGGACACAUGGAUAUAAGUCAUAUUUCUUUCCUUUUCCUUUAGUCCUGAUUUUCUAUUUUUUUGAGUUACUCGUGCCAAUUUUUAUAAACCACUUCAAAUACUUUUAUGGAAAGAGAUGGGAUAUAAGUCAAUUAGAAUAAAAUCGCCUUUCCCAAGGAAGGAGAAAAACAAUGCUCAAAAUGAAAAAAGGGUGCCUUCCAUAUGCCAGAAAAUUCAGGAAUUCCGGUAGACAGCCUGCUGGGAGAAGGUGCAAUCAGUCUGCAUUGCCCAUUGAGGGAAAAGUUGCUGUAUGAGACCCUCUAGUUAGAGAUGAUGGCUCUGAAUUAGUAAAGGAGCAAAUCUCAAUUCUACUUUUAGAACUUCACAGAGUGCUGCCAUAAGUGACAGCAGGCCAGAUAUUCUCAGUGUGUGCUUGUUACAAACGGCAUACUAAGCAUACUGAGCCCAGAGUGGAGUUGCAACACCUGUUAAGUAGGGCAGUGCCCUGUUAUCUUUGGACUGCAGCAAACAGCACUCUUAAGGCACUGAGUGGUUUUCAAACUAGAGUGCAUUUGAUCUUAGUGCAAAUCCAAGCCUCAUUUGUUUAUUGUUUGUGUGUAUUUUUUAAAUUUAUCCAUACAUUCAUUCUGUAAUGUUGUAAUAUGAAAACAUGCUCAAUAUAUGUCCUUUGUGGUUAAACAAAAAAACAACUAGAGUGCAUUUGAAUCACCAAAAAUGUUGCUAAGACACACGCCCACACUUUGUGAUUCUGAGUGAGGCCCAAGAAUGUGCAGUUCUGACAAGUUCUCAGGUGAUGCUGAUGCUGUUGGUCUGGGAACCACACUCUGAGAACCACUGCCCUGUGUCACCACAGCGAAGCUCCUUGAGUGAUUGCCUUCAGUUCCAGCUGCUCUUCUCAACAACUGGACUCGACAUAUGAGAAAGUAUACCAAAACUUCCCUCUCCUUUAGGCAGGAAAGAUUUGAAUAUUGAGCUAUACAAUCUGAUGUAGCCCAUCGCAACUCCCAAUAGUAGAGAAAUUUGCCGGACAUGAAUGAACGGGUAAUUCUAAAGACAAUGACUGUGUCUGAGGGAUUGACUAAUGUUCCCUUUGGAAUGGUUAUCAAAAAGGCAAAAAUUUCAGCAAAUACCUAAUUUGGAUUUGCAAUAAGAUCAAAAGAGACACACACCAAGAAAAGGGGAAAGAAAAGAGAACUUUGAAGUGAAGGCAGAUUGACUUCAGAUGAAAGAAAAAUGCACCCGUUUUGUUAGUAUACAACCAACCAAUUAACUAUGGCAAAUUGGUAUUUGAGAAUAAGCUUUACAAGUUAACCUUGCACUAGCAGGAAAGUUAAUGAGAGGGAAAUAAUGAAAUAAAAGAUAAGCCCAAAAGAGUCAAAUUGCACUCUAAGUACAGUCAAAAUUUUUUUCCAUAAACUAGUUACCACAAGGUUAAUUAACUGAAGGGAUGAGUCUUGCUGCCGAAGGGAGCCAGUUGCACUGUAUCUGAAUUAAUGUUAUCACGGGGUUCCUUGUAUCUAAGAUAGCAAAAGAACAGAGUCCCACAAAUGCAAAAAGAAAAUUGCCAAGAGCUGAAGAGUAUUUCAGUAAUCAGAUCGUUCACACUUACCAAACAAAAAUAAUUUUUCAAAAGUCUUGAUUGUUGAAAUAGAGUGUAUAAAUUAUUUUUUUAAUUUCUAAUUCCUUCAUAUUAUGCCGACUUUUAAAUAUUACUUUUGUAGUGUUGAAACCUAUUGACUGACUCCUAUAAACACCAGGUCAUUUUCCUGCCAUUCUCCUCUGUUCUUUGGUCUAUAAAACUAUAUUCUGGUUUUUGUUAGACCAUUGAUGCUUCUUUCAACCUGUAUGUUUUUUUGUGUGUAUAAUGUUGUUCUUGGUGCUAAAUACACUUCUGAUAUUCAGGAUAACUCUA